CACCACGUGAAUAAAAGAAUCAGUGAAGGCCGUGGGGAGAUGAGAGGCAAAGGAUGUCUGAUACUAGCAGAAUCAGGCCCCUUGGCUGAAAAGGUGUUAGGGAAGGCUCACAACUUUCCUUGAUGCAUGGCUCUGGCUCUGACAGGUGAGGGUACUAAUUAGGAGCGGCACACACCAGGAGCCCAUGCAUCCCAGGAGGCUUUGGGAUGGCCUGACUGCACGCUUUGGAGGGUCAGAGUUCAGGGUCCAUUCACAUUCGCGAGGUUGCAACGGGGUCUGAACCCGAAGAUUAGAAAGCCGGGUAUAGGAAGAAUGCCUAUCUUUUCGUCUAUUACUUACUCCAGUUCUGUGGCCACUCGUGGAUAUUUACAAAUAUGACAGUCAGAUUCUUUUCAUUUGGAAAAGAUUCAAUGGUUGACACUUUUUAUGCAAUUGGACUGGUGAUGCGACUUUGCCAAUUGAUUUCCCUGUUGGAGUUGCUGCACAUAUAUGUUGGCAUUGAAUCAAACCAUCUUCUUCCUAGGUUUCUACAGCUCACCGAGAGAAUAAUCAUCCUCUUUGUGGUGAUCACCAGUCAAGAGGAAGUCCAAGAGAAAUAUGUUGUGUGUGUUUUAUUCAUCUUUUGGAAUCUAUUGGAUAUGGUUAGGUACACUUACAGCAUGUUAUCGGUCAUAGGAAUAUCCUAUGUUGUCUUGACAUGGCUCAGUCAAACACUUUGGAUGCCAAUUUAUCCUUUGUGUGUUCUUGCUGAAGCAUUUGCCGUCUAUCAGUCACUGCCUUAUUUUGAAUCAUUUGGCACUUACUCCACAAAGCUGCCCUUUGACUUAUCCAUUUAUUUCCCAUAUGUGCUGAAAAUAUAUGUUAUAAUGCUCUUUAUAGGUAUGUAUUUUACCUACAGUCAUCUUUACUCAGAAAGAAGAGACAUCCUCAAAGUCUUUCCCGUUAAAAAGAAGAAAAUAUGAAGCAUGGCAAACUGAUGGGACAUCAGAAAAGAGAGGCUUUUGGAUUCAACUAUAGUAAACAUGACAUAGGAAGUAUUCUGGUGGAAAAAUACCUGGUAUUUAACCAAAAUCCAUGAUGUGAAAUAAUUGCACUCCUCCUCACAGUGGUCUAUAUUUCUCACAGUGGUCUAUAUUUCUCACACAUUGUUUUUAGUAUGUAUACUCCUCACAAACCUGUUUCACCAAAGCUGUGGAUUGUAUACAUGUUAAGUGUAUAUUGUGCGAAAGCCUGAUUAUUUUUCUGUAAAGCUAAUCAGAAAUAGAAUUUUUAACUGGAAUAGAUUCAUUUAAACCAAGAAACCAAAGUUGGUAACCUGAAUUACAUAUAUUUCUUUUCACUUCUGAAUUCCCAAGUAGCAGCUAGUCUGUGGGAGGGGAGCGAUGUGAAAUAUGUUCUGCAAUUUUUUAGAAUAACCUAUUUUAUAGACAGAUGUCACUUUUCCAGAAUUAAUACCCAUCCUAAACAGAAGACACACUUAGAAAAUUAAAUAUUCUUCCAAAUCCUGAAAGAGUACUUGUUAAUGUUACACAAGUUAUUUGGGCUUUGAUGGCUUAAAAGAGGACCCUGAUGAAAACAGAAUAGAACUUUGGUAAAUACUGCCCCAUAUUCCUUUUAAAAAAAUUAAUCAAGCUGUGUACAUACCUUACAGGAUGAUAGAAUGUACAAAAAUAUAGUAAAUCAGAGUUCCCAUUGUGGCUCAGUGGUAACAAACUCAACUAGUAUUUAUGAGGAUGCAGGUUCAAUCCCUGGCUUUGCUCGGUGGGUUAAGGAUGAUUGUUGCCGUGUGCUGUGGCCUGGAGCUGUGGUGUGGGUCACAGAUGUGGCCUAGAUCCCGCAUUGCUGUGGCGGUGGCUAGGCCAUCAGCUGUAGCUCUGAGUGGACCCUUAGCCUGGAACUUCCAUAUGCUGUGGGUGGCCCUAAGAAGAAGAAAAAAAAAAAAUCAAGUCCUACUGAUUUUUUGAUUGGAUUGUUUUUUAAUGUUGACUUGUAUGGACCGUUAGUAAAUAGUUUGGAUUUUAACCCCUUGCUGUCACAUCAUUUGCAAAAGAAGCACUUAUUUAAAGGAAGCAAGAAAGUUGAGAACUAGUAAUGCUUCAGAUUAUUUAUUAUUGAAUUAUUGUUAAUUGCUUUAAGUCACAUGUAAGUCUUUACAGUUUUGAAAAGUGCUCAUUUCUUUGAAGAUCUAAAAUAUAUGUGAAUAAUUGACGAAUAGAAUAAUUUUUCUACUUGAGUAUAUCAUUCACUUUUCUUGAGAGAAUCAUAGACCCUUAUUAUCCAAUAACUAUAUAAAAAGGGUACUAAAUAUUUUGUGACAGUAAGAACCAGGUAAUAAAAAUGUAAUUAUAAAAAAAAUGGGUAGGAGUUCCUGUUGUGGCUCAGUGGUAAUGAACUAGUAUCCAUGAGGAUGCAAGGUUCAAUCCCUGGACUCGUUCAGUGGGUUAAGGAUCCAGCAUUGUCAUGAGCUGUGGUGUUGGCUGCAGAUGCAGCUUGGAUCCCGCGUUGCUGUGGCUGUGAUGUAGGCCAGCAGUUAUAGCUAUGAUUCGACCCCUAGCCUGGGAACUUCCAUUUGCCACGUGUGCUGCCCUAAAAAAGCAAAAAAAAAAAUAAAAACAAACCAAAAAAUCACAAAAAACUGGAUAAUCUUACUUCCACUAAAUAAAACAUUUGAUAAAAAGCAAUUGAAUAUUAAUGAUAAUUAAUAUCUUUAUAAAUUUCAUAUAUUUGGUAUUUUAAAAUAAGUAUUAAAAUUAUCCUUUUAAGAAGCUACA